AUGAAGUGAGUGUUUGUUCUCAGACAGGAGAGAAACAGGAAUGUUGUUUGUUUUAGUUCGAGCUCAGUUUGACGGUUUAAACUGUUAGAUAACACGUGAUUUAGAGACUGACCGAUUAUUCAUUUAUAUCAGACCGAUUAUCAAACCGAUCUCUUUAGGAGCGGGCCGAUAAUCAGAAGAAAGUCCGAUCUUUGCAUAAACAGAUGAAGGGGUCUGGGUUUGUGAAGGGCCAGGUCUGAGAUUAGCUUGGUUCUUGUGGUCCAGGUCUGAGUUCUGGUUCUUGUGGUCCAGGUCUGAGUUCUGGUUCUUGUGGUCCAGGUCUGAGUUCUGGUUCUUGUGUUCCAGGUUGAACAUCGACGGUCUGCUGGUUUAUUUCCCCUAUGACUACAUCUACCCAGAACAGUUCAGCUACAUGCUGGAGCUGAAGAGGACCCUGGACGCUAAAGUACACACACACACACGCGCACACACACACACGCACGCACGCACGCACGCACGCACGCACACACACACAGGUGUUGUAAGUAAAGUGUGUUUUCUUCCUGACUCCUGUUCCUGUUCAGGGUCAUGGGGUCCUGGAGAUGCCUUCAGGGACGGGGAAGACCAUCUCUCUGCUGUCCCUCAUCGUGGCCUAUCAGAGGGUGAGGAGGGUCAGAGGGUCUCUGGGUCUUUCUGAGAGGACUCCGGUCCGACUCGUCUCCUCACAGACUCCUCCUCUAAACGGUUCUCCUGUCUCCUCAGGUGUUUCCUUUAGAUGUGACCAAACUGAUCUACUGUUCACGGACGGUCCCCGAGAUCGAGAAGGUCAGUCUGUUCUUUUUAGAUGUUUGUUUUGGGGCGGGGUCACGGGUCACGGCCGAGUGUGAAGCAGCUGGGAUGUGAAUCAGAACCUCCAAGUCUGAAAGAAUCUGCGUCUCCUUCAGGUGGUGGAGGAGCUGAGGAAGCUGAUGGAGUUUUACACCAAACAAACCGGAGAGACCAACAAGUUCCUGGCUCUGGCCCUGUCCUCCAGGAAGAACCUCUGCAUCCACCCGGAGGUAGGAGCCGGGGGGCUGACGGAGCGAUGAAGCAGCUGCUCCUCUUCCUCUCUGUCUGAGGAGUUAACCCUUCGCUCACCUUCACUGACUCUGGUUUGGUUUUCUUCAGGUGAGCUCUCUGCGCUUCGGGAAGGAGGUCGACGGGAAGUGUCACAGUCUGACAGCGUCGUACAUUCGAGCUCAACGCCACAGUAACCCCAACCAGCCGGUGUGCCGCUUCUACGAGGUGAGACCUUCAAGACCAGGAUGGACCACAUCCUCCAGAAAGACCUCCACCCCCCAGAGAGCGUCUGCUGGUCUACCGUUCCUCAGACUGUUCUUCUUUGUUUCUGCAGGAGUUUGAUGCCGUCGGUCGACAGGUUCCUCUUCCUGCUGGUAUCUACAACCUGGACGACCUGAAGAACUUUGGCAGGAGGAAGGGCUGGUGUCCGUACUACCUCGCCCGCUACGCCGUACGUUUGCUCAAGUCCUCUGAACUCGACCGUGUCGACUGGUGUUGGUUUCUCACCUGAAUCUAAAGAAAACAUGAAGUUCAGGUUCUUCAGGUUCCUCCUGAAGAGAGAAGAUCUUCUCUGAGACAGAAACACCAUCUUUAAAAAUCACAACCACCUGGAGUUCUUCAGAAAGGUGAGCAGAUGUUUCAGUUUGACCUUUCUUCUCUCCGGUCUUUCCUCUCAGAUCCUCCACGCCAACAUCGUGGUCUACAGCUACCACUACCUGCUGGACCCAAAGAUCGCAGACCUGGUGUCCAAAGAGCUGGCCAAGACGUCUGUGGUGGUCUUUGAUGAAGCUCAUAACAUCGGUGAGGAGCACUUCAGCCAAACUCAGGCUCUCUGUCCAAACUGUCUUUGUCUUCUGAACGUCCUCUCCUGUCCUCGCCGUCUCCUCAGACAACGUCUGCAUCGACUCCAUGAGUGUGAACAUCACCAGAAGAACCCUGGACCGCUGUCAGGCCAACGUGGACACGCUCCAGAACACCAUCCAGAAGUGAGAACCUGCAGAUCCACAUGGAAGAGAGGAGGAGGAGGAGUCAGAGGAGUCCUCCUCAGCUGCUCCUCCUCCUCCUCCUUCUUCUCUCCUUUGAGUUAAACUUUGAUCUGGUGGUUCAUGAACCUUCUCGGUCUCUUCUCUCAGGAUUAAAGAAACCGACGCUGCUAAACUGAAGGAGGAGUACAGGCGGUUGGUGGAGGGUCUGAAGGAAGCCAACGUCGCCAGGGAAACGGACGUCUACCUCGCCAACCCCGUCUUACCGGACGAGAUCCUUCAAGGUACGGCGGGACGAAAACGCUGAAUGAAGACUUUGUGGUCCAGAUCUUUGUCCUCAAAACUCAUAACCACUGCCCCCCCCACAGAGGCCGUUCCCGGAACCAUCCGCACAGCUGAUCACUUUGUGGGUUUCUUAAGAAGGUUUCUGGAGUACCUGAAGUCCCGCCUGAGGGUCCAACAUGUGGUCCAGACCAGCACGCCGCAGUUCCUCAAAGACAUCUUCGACAAAGUCUGCAUCGACAGAAAACCUCUCAGGUCGGCAGGACUUAGAUGGUCUCUUGUAGAUCUGGUAGUCCUCUUUCUGGGUCAGGUUUUCACCCCCUGGUUUUGGACCCCUCUGUGAUGGUCUCCUCUGUGUCCUCCUCCAGGUUCUGUGCAGAGCGGUUACAGUCUUUACUGCGGACUCUGGAGAUCGCUGACAUCGCAGACUUCUCCGCUGUGACGCUCAUCUCCAGCUUCGCCACCCUGGUCAGCACCUACAGCCAAGGUGAGGGUCCGAGACCAGUCCAGACCAAAGAUCUGAACCUCAUCCUCCUGCUGAGAUCUGCAGAAACAUCAGAGUCUGACUCUCCUGAUGUUCCUCUGAGCUCAGCUGGUUUCAGGGUCCCGGUUUCCUCUGAGGGUCCGUGGACCUGGUCUGGUCUGACCCUCCUUGUUUUGUGUCUUUCUGCUGAAGGUUUCACCAUCAUCAUCGAACCCUUCGAGGACAGAACUCCAACCAUCGCCAACCCGGUUCUUCACUUCAGGUUCAUGAGUUUCAGUCUGUGGAUCAGCGAGGAGGAGAGUCAGAAGGUUCACAGUUUGACCUGCUCAAGUUUAAAUCUGACGUCUCCCCUCUGUUCUCCUUCUCCUCCUCCUCUCUCUCUUCUCCUCCCUCUCCUCCUCCUCUCUGUCCUCCUCUCAGCUGUAUGGAUCCUUCUAUCGCCAUCAAACCCGUGUUUCAGAGGUUUCAGUCGGUCAUCAUCACCUCUGGAGUGAGUCUCUCUGUUUCUUUUCAUUUCCUUUUUUAUUGAUUUCACAGAUCAAUAUUCCAUCAAUAUUUUACAUUAUUGAUCAAAUUUCCAACUGUGUCUAAUAUCUUCAUUCCUCUCCACGGUGGAGCAGAGACACGGUUCGACAUAAAUUAAAGUUCCAGCAGAAUAACUGAGAAGUAAAAUCGAACUCUUUCCACUCUUGUCCGUCUCUCACUCUCUCUCACUCCUCGUCUCUUUUCUCCUGUUGGUAAAACAAUAAAAAUAAUAAACAGAAUAAAAAUAAUAAACAGAAUAAAAAUAAUAAACAUAUGAACGAUGAACAAGUUUGAACCAAGAGGAUCAAUAAUCUAUAAUCCACAAAGUCUGAGACACAAAUUUAACCCGUUUCUUCCGUUCGUUGUUAAAAGUUUCUGUUUUAGUGGAGGUGACAGAAUCAUCGUCUCCUGAUUCUUUAUUGAUCGAUCGUUUCCUCUAAUCCUCCAUUUUUGCUUCGUCUGUUUUUGAACCGACGGCCGUUUCAGUCGACACCAACAUGUUUGUAAAUCUGUGUUUUUCUCCUGGUUCUUUUUUCUCAGAUAUAAAAGUUUAAUCAAAGUUUUUAAAUGUUUUCCUUCUUUAUUGACAGUCGAGUUUAAAACCUUAAAAACAUGAAAAUAUUCUCCUCACACCGUCUGUCUCCAGAUUCUGCUCCUCUGUUUUUAUGUGUUAAUGAAGUUCUGUUCAGAGUCUCUGAUAGUCUGCUCUGAUUGGUCGGUUUCUCCUGCGGCGGCGGCGUUCAGGUGUCACCUGUAUUUACGACGCUCUUUACCGUUUCGUCACGGUCGUUUUUGUGCCGCAGACUUCUCACUGACGGACUCGUGUUCUUCUGUCCGACCUCUGCAGACUCUCUCUCCUCUGGACAUCUAUCCCAGAAUCCUCGACUUCCGCCCGGUGACCAUGGCGUCCUUCACCAUGACGCUGGCGCGGACCUGCCUCUGCCCUCUGGUGUGUUUCAGAGACUUUAAAGACGUAUGAAGCGGUGAAACUGUCGACUGACGUGUGUUUGUGUUUCUGACUUCCUGUCUGAGUAGAUCGUCGGCAGAGGAAACGAUCAGGUGGCGUUGAGCUCCAAGUUUGAGACCCGAGAAGACUUUGGUGAGUCCGUCUUUGACCUCUUAGCCGGUCUAGUUUCCUGUUGGAGCGCGGCGGCGUUACUCUUCUGUUUUUUUACCAGCUGUGAUUCGAAACUACGGAAACCUUCUCCUGGAGAUGUCCGCCGUGGUUCCUGACGGGAUCGUGGCGUUUUUCACCAGCUACGUCUACAUGGAGAACAUCGUGGCGUCCUGGUACGAGCAGGUCAGUGAGCGAGCUGAGCCGGUUCCUCGUCCGUUUGUCGAAGCUUCCAGCUCAGUUUGAUCCUGAAGUUCUGAACGUUUGUUUUCAGGGGAUUCUGGAGAACAUCCAGAGGAACAAGCUGAUCUUCAUCGAGACUCCUGACGCUGCAGAGACCAGCAUGGCGCUGGAGAAAUACCAGGAGGUCCGAAAGAAUUCUGUUCAAAGAUCCGGAGAAGAGCUCCUCCAGAACCAGAUCUAGUUCACUGAUAAAGACCUGCUGACCCACCUCCCAUCAUGCUCUCUGUUUCCUCUGCAGGCCUGUGAGAACGGCCGAGGAGCCAUCCUGCUGUCUGUGGCCCGAGGGAAAGUGUCCGAGGGGAUCGACUUCGGUGAGUUCUAAAGGAGCAGUCCGUGAAAAAAAACAUGAACUAAAGGAGUUAAAGGAGUUAAAGGAGUUAAAGGAGUUAAAGGAGCAGUCCGUGAAAAAAAACAUGAACUGAAGGAGUUAAAGGAGUUAAAGGAGUUAAAGGAGCAGUCUGUAUAAUAACCAUGAACUAAAGGAGUUAAAGGAGUUAAAGGAGUUAAAGGAGCAGUCCGUAUAAUAACCAUGAACUGAAGGAGUUAAAGGAGCAGUCCGUAAAAAAAAACAGGAACUGAAGGAGUUAAAGGAGUUAAAGGAGUUAAAGGAGUUAAAGGAGUAGUCCGUGAAAAAAAACAUGAACUGAAGGAGUUAAAGGAGUUAGAGGAGUUAAAGGAGUUAAAGGAGCAGUCCGUGAAAUAACCAUGAACUAAAGGAGUUAAAGGAGUUAAAGGAGUUAAAGGAGUUAGAGGAGUUAAAGGAGCAGUCUGUAUAAUAACCCUGAACUGAAGGAGUUAAAGGAGCAGUCCGUGAAAUAACCAUGAACUAAAGGAGUUAAAGGAGUUAAAGGAGUUAAAGGAGCAGUCCGUGAAAUAACCCGGAACUGAAGGAGUUAAAGGAGUUAAAGGAGUUAAAGGAGCAGUCCGUGAAAAAAAACAGGAACUAAAGGAGUUAAAGGAGUUAAAGGAGCAGUCCGUAAAAAAAAACAUGAACUGAAGGAGUUAAAGGAGUUAAAGGAGCAGUCCGUGAAAUAACCAUGAACUCUAACCUCUCUCUGUCUUUUCUCAGUGCAUCACUUCGGCCGAGCCGUCAUCAUGUUCGGAGUCCCUUAUGUUUACACGCAGAGCCGCAUCCUAAAGGUCAGAGCAGCAUCUUUACACUCUGAGGCUGACCUUUGACCUCUGUUCAGAAACUCAGGCUUCAUUUUAGAGAGAGUUAGAAUUUGACGUUAGUGGAGAUCAUAUGUGUAAUAAAUCACAUCUAUCAUGUUCGUAUCGGUAUAGAGUCACAGUUGUUGUAAAUCAGCUGCUGGACCUGCUGUAGUGAAGUCAGAACUGUGAACCCGUGUCAGAUCUGAGGACAGGGAUUUUCUCAUGGAGGAUCCAUGUGGACUGGACUCUUUCAGGCCCGUCUGGAGUAUCUCCGGGAUCAGUUCCAGAUCCGAGAAAACGACUUCCUGACCUUCGAUGCCAUGCGUCACGCCGCUCAGUGUGUGGGCAGAGCCAUCAGAGGGAAGACCGACUACGGACUCAUGAUCUUCGCAGACAAGGUUCGUGAACCCCCCCCCCUUUAGAGAUCUCCACAGGUUCAGGCGUCAGCCUGGACCAGGAACAUCCUGCUGCUGAGUCAGCGGGUCUCUGAGUCUCCGGGGGACGAGGUUUUAUGAGGCCGGGUUUGAUGAUCCUGUCUCUCUUUGCCCCGCCCCCCAGCGUUACGCCCGAGCGGACAAGCGUGGGAAACUUCCUCGCUGGAUCCAGGAGCACAUCAACGACGGCAGUCUGAACCUGACCGUGGAUGAAACCGUCCAGCUCUCCAAACACUUCCUGCGUCAGAUGGCUCAGCCCUUCAGACAGGUACGAGUCGAACCCUCGCCUUUCUCUCCGUGUUUCCAGGUCAAAGGUCAGACACAAACAGGUCAGGUUUGAGUUAAAGUAACGCGGCUUUGUCAGUCAGAGGAAAACUCUGAGCUGCUCUGUGCCUCUGUUUAAAGUAUCUGUGUGUGUGUGUAACUAUAAUUAUUAUUAUGUAAUUAUUAUUAUAAUGUAAUUAUUAUUGUGUAAUUAUUAUUUUUAUUAUUAUUAUUAUUAUUAUUAUUAUUAUUAUUAUUAUGUAAUUAUUAUUAUUAUUAUUAUUAUAAUUAUUAUUAUGUAAUUAUUAUUAUAAUUAUUAUUAUUGUUAUAAUUAUAAUUAUUAUAAUUAUGUAAUUGUUCAGUAGAACAGCUCCUGUUUUGUCACUUAACCCCCUCCUCUUGUCUCUGUCCUCAGGAGGACCAGCUCGGUCUCUCUCUGUUGACUCUGGAGCAGCUGGAGUCGGAGGAGAUGCUGCAGAAAAUCACUCAGAUCGCUCAUCAGACAUGA